UGUUUGUUUGAAAAGCCCACAUGAGCUACGUAUGUCUGACGUAGUAUUGAAAUCUGGCCAGGUAACGGUGUCGCUGCAAAUAGGAAAAUAACCUCUUUUGGUCAACUUAUUUGCUGAUAUACUAGAGGGACAGAAGCGUUAGAAUGCCUGAACCUGCUGAUAUUAACAGUCCGGAGUUAGCGAAGACACAAGGAGGCAGCGGACCAGGGAAAGAUGAGAAUGUUGUGAAUGGACACAAGGAGGGUGAUGCCAACCCCUUUGCUGAGUACAUGUGGAUGGAGAACGAGGAGGAGUACAACAGACAGGUUGAGGAGGAACUCUUGGAGCAGGAGUUUCUUGAGCGUUGUUUCCAGGAGAUGUUAGAGGAGGAGGAUCAAGAUUGGUUCAUUCCUGCAAGAGACCUUCCUCCUGGUGUGGGACAGAUCCAACAACAGCUCAGUGGGCUGUCGGUCAGUGACGGAAACGCCGAAGACAUUGCACGCAAGAGCAGCUUGAACCCAGAGGCCAAGGAGUUUGUUCCAGGCAUGAAAUAUUAGAGACCCUCCAGUUAGGGGCUCCUUUAUAGAGACUUUAUGUGACCGCUGGUCGCCAGAGGUCACCCUCACACAAACUUCAAUCUUACUGGGGGUGUGUGAGGCUUGAUGGGGUGGGGCUUGUGGGCGGGGGGUGCUGGAUGCUCUUCUAUAAGCUUUUUAUUUCCGUCUGUCUCCAUGUAUAACGUGGGCGGGUUAAUCAGUGUAAUGUUCCUAUUGGACCGCUGCAGAUUGUGACUAGUUCCCCUGGAAGAUCGUUGUAUUAAACUCAGAGGAGCAGUUAUGUGAUUUCCACUAUUGUGAUAGUGACUAGCAGUUUGUUCCUGUAUCAUUGCCAUUUUUCUUUUUCCCUGUUUUCUCUUUUAUUUUCUUUAAAAGGAUGUUUGGUGGGGAGUUGUGUGUCAUUAGAGUGGGAGGGAGGGUAUAGGGCUGGGUCAGAGGAAACCAGACAGUUUAAAGGACCGUUGGCAGGUGGACCAUUCGAUGAUGGACAGAACUGGUGGCAGCUGACAACCUUUGAGGGAUUUUCACAUUAACAUAUUUUCUGUUUCGUUUCUCCUUUCUCCGUUCAAGUUCUGUCACAGUGUGCAACAUGCAUUCACAAAAAUGGAAAAAAACAAAUAAAACAAGCAGGUUCCCUCCUGGACAUUUUC